AUUACCUGCAACUUACAGGAUAUAAGUAAUUUAUUUACAAACUUACAGCGUGGUGUGUAGCCCAUGGCGGAUCUACCGACGCGGCGGCACUCAAACUCGUUCUGGUCCGAGCCAGCGUCCGUCUCGAGACUCGCAGUACUGCUGCUUAAUGCGUCACACGACUCGUGGUGCGUCACUGAGCAGGGCGUGGGUUUGAACAGCUCCGAGCUCUUCUGGAAUUUGUGGAGCAAUGCGCAGCUCAGCGUGUGUGCCGAUGGAGGCGCUAACAGACUGUACGAUCGCAGCGUGGAGCUUGAAGUGCAGCACCGAGUGGCCCCACAUUUUAUCAAAGGAGAUCUGGACUCACUACGUGCCGAUGUGCGCGAGUUCUUCAUCACUAAAGGGACGACAGUGCUGAGAGACCCUGAUCAGAACUCGAACGACCUGGACAAGUGUCUGCAACUGAUCUACCAGGAGCAGGAGAAGAAGGACGAGAAGUUCUCCGUCAUGAUCUUCGGCGCCAUGGGCGGGCGGUUUGACCAGGAGAUGCAGAAUAUCAACGCGCUCUUCAGAUGGAAGGACAAGUUCCAGCAGAUGGUGUUGCUGUCGGACGAGACCACCGCCAGACUGCUAGAGCCCAAUGUUCGACAUGUGAUUACACCUAAUUUCCACUUUGAAACGCGGACGUGUGGAUUGAUCCCUCUGGCGGGGGCGUGUAAGGAGACGACGACGUCGGGAUUGAAGUGGAAUUUGAGUCCAGGAAUGGAGACAGGCUUCGGUGGGCUCAUUAGCAGCUCCAAUCACGUGGAUGAUGCAUGUGAUCAAGUGGAGGUGGUGGCGUCAGACCCACUUAUCUGGACUACAGAGCUCAAGAAGUAGAGACGAUGGAGCCACGACUAGGCUGAAAGCAUGUUUGCCUUUUAUAACAUUUAUAUAAGUAUGCAAUACUUGUGGAGUUGAGUGCAACAGUACGCUCUAUAGUUUUGGUUUCCUACGACUCGCGUACUUCGCACGUGAUUGCUCCACAGAGUAAUACUUAAUUACGGGAGCUGAUCUCACACAACA